AUGUCGCAGUCUGGCAAGAGCUCUCCCCGGAGUUCCACGGGCAGCCGCCCGGAGUCGGGGGUUACGACUCCGCGGAAAGGAGGCGAGACUCUAGGUGACAAGUGUGGCUCCCCGGAGCAUGGCAUGGGAACGUGCCGGAAAGAUACGCUGAAAGGAGUAGGGUUUGCCGAUGGCAUGAAAGAUGCGUCGAAAACGCAAGAAUUCAAAAAAGGCUACAGCUCUGCUGAGGGCAAAGCACAAGAUGGGCUCAUCCGGUCGCUGACGUCAGCUCUCUUCGGCACUCCGAUCGGAUUUUUCAAAAGCAGAGCAGACUUGCGCACAUGGGGAGAGCAGUCAUUGACAGACCCCUCUGUGCAGCCGUACAAGCGCCCUCCUGUUGCAACACCUUUCCAUACCAGCCUUCCAGGGUACAGCCAAAAAGCGUGCGAGCCACUGAGGCGGGAACUAGCAGGUAGACCGGCGCCAUUUUAUACGUUGGCGCCUAAAGGUGGUUUCGUCUAUAAUCCACAUCACCCGAGCAUGGACUUUGCCAGAGUUGAGAUCCAGCGGCCAUUGUUCACUGGCGAGAUCAAACCCCCAAUGUAUGACUGGAAGGAGCUUAACGAAUACAAAAUGAUGAAUCUUCCUUAUCCGAACGCUUUAAUGUUGCCGACAAGCCCCUCGCCGAUCUACGUGCCGGGCAACUACUUGGUGUCAUAUCCUUACGGAGUUCCAGCAGUAGAAGAGAACGAGGCUUGGAUCGCGCCAUCGCUGCCGAAAAACCGUCGGUGCCGGUUUCUCUGCUGA